AUGAUCAGUGGAUUUCAAAUAGCCUUGAAAAAUACCAUUGACGUUGACUUUAUCUACCACUGGAAGCAGUUGAUGAAAUUUUACUCCAGUCAUAAAACAAAUUGCAAAGUCUCGAUAGAAAACACAGGGAUUCCUCAGCACCUAAACCGCUUGCUAGAAAUUCUUCUUGCUGAAGAAAAAGAAAGUGACAACCCCGGGUUAUGUUUGGAAUACUUGCUCCAGCACAAGCUGCUGGAUUGGCUGGCAACGUUGGCCAGCGCAGAAACACCUCCAGGAAUGCGGCUAGUCUGUCUGAUAUUCUUCAAAAAAUUCCUGGCGCGAACAAAGUUCCCACUUCUACAUCAAGCCGCCGUAUAUGGCCCAGUGUUGCGGUUGAUCGGGCUCUGCAACGGGAGUAUUCCGUCGCCGAUCGAGGGUGAAGAGAUAAAAUUCCUUCUGACGCUCUGCUUCCUGAUAUGCAGAUACCCUCACCUGACGAACAUCGUCAAUGACUGUAGCAGUGUUCGCCUGGAGCACUGUGUGGUCAAAGGUUCUGAGCGACUGGAUGUCCAGUCGGUGACGUACAUUCCCAGCAGACAGAGGACGAACCACUCGAUCAAUCCUUUGUUCGAGCCACUGAACACCCAAGCGAUAACUCUGGUGAAUCCAAACCUCUUUGCUUGCGAUCACCACCAGAGACGCUCGAUUUGCACCGAGAGGUUCAAGAAGUCGGCUAAGUUAUGUGAUAAGACCAGGAGAAAAGUCUCUGGUAGGUCCAAUGAGUCGACGUCGUCAAGAGACACGGAAAACUCUUCAAGGUGUUCUAGUCCGGUUGAGAAGAUCCAAGAUGCUGCCUUGGAGACUAUCGUUGAUCAAUGUGAUUACGAGAAUUGUGAUAGAGAGUCUGACCGCGUUUCUUCGUCAGUAUUUGAUAUUGAUGCGAAACUCCAGGAUCUUGAAGAGUUGCGAUUAGAUGAUUACCGCAGGAACGGAUUGCUAAAUGAUAACAAUGAUGCUGAUGAGAAAGGUCAGAGUUUAGCAGAGUCUAUUUCACCUGAUCCAGAGAAUUCAAAUCUACUGUUGGAUGCCUUGAUAAGUUAUUUAAACAGUGCUGACAAUACAGUGAGAGUAAGAGCCUGUGAAGGAAUAAUGGUACUAGCAACGCUUGAAGAACCAGCCUUUGCUCGUACGAUGGCACAAAGUGACUUAUCGAGGGUACUUAGUGCUAGAUUAGAGAAUUUGUUCAAAUGCAUACCAGCUCAUGUAGAUCCUGCGGAGAUAGACGAGAUAGACUUUACGUGGGGACUCGACUCGCCGCUCUGGACUAAUGAGAAAAAGUUUCCAGGGUGUAGACAAGUCGCUGCUUAUUUUAUGUGGCUGGAUUACUGUGACCAGUUGAUCAAAGAAGCGCAUCCAGAAGUUGCCGCUGCUCUUGCCAAGGCUAUCAGGUUACUGUUUUUUGAAAAAGUUCUGACACCGGCGCUGGGUGAUCAUCAUGUCGUGUUAAUCACAGCUUUGGUGACUGAAACGCUUAAGAAAAUUACUGGAAGUGUUUUUAAUAGUGAGCUUGGAUACUGGUUAGUUGGUAUUGAACGAGUUCCAGUCGCAGAUGUCUGUGAAACUUCACUGAUAGAACGCCUGAUAGAAAAUUGUUACUCAGACAGCGAUGAUUUAACUCUAGAAACACUUAAACUAUUUGAAGCGAUUUUGGAAGCCCGAAACGAGCACGUGUUUCAUUGUAUGAUCCUUUCAUACUUAACAUCUCGGGGUUACUAUGACACAUCAGCAGCAGACAGCGCAAUAGCUUCUUGGAGCGACGAAGAAGAUGAGCGAGAGCGAGAGAAAAAAGGCUCGCUUGAUUUCUGCCAGGAACAAACUCACAGCCGGACCCUGGCGCCCAGCAAUAUUCACCGGAUAAUAAAUUGCUUUUUGUCCCUGGUACCGCGACAACUGCAGAGUGAUCCCGGUGAAGACGACUACGGACGUUAUAUGGCUGACUGGGAGAAGCAGUACCAGCGCGCGAAAGCAGAAUGUUCAUUAUUUGCUUGGCCUUUGGAAGCUGUCUCUGUUGAUGACUCUGGUAGUUAUGACUCGAGACCGGAAGCUGAUCAUUGCUCAUCUAGGUUCUACAUGGGCCCUUUUAUUGCCAUGCUCCUUGACAAAGUUUCAAACAUUCCUAAUCAAAAGUACGAAAUAAACUUACAGUUGACUGUUGUAAUUUCAAAGCUUGCUCUGUUACCUCAUCCGUACUUACAUGAGUUUUUACUCAAUCCAUUAGUACCUCUGACUCCUGGUACCAAGAGUCUCUUUAAUUGUUUACAAAAAGUCAUUAAACAAUUAGUGAGUGAUAUUAUUAAAAUGCCAAAAUAUAAAGAUGCUUUAAGAGAAACUAGAAAAAAAUUAUUACAGGAAUCUUCACAAGAUUUAAUAAAAGAUAAUAUUUUGUACGAGAGUAUUAUAAUAACAGAAGAAUUUUGUAAAGAAUUAGCAGCAAUUGCUUAUGUCAAGUAUCAACAUUCCAUCGUAAUCAGAGAUGCAAUUAAAUUAAACGAGUUCUAUGGGAAAAGAAUUGACGGUGGUAAUUUUUUUAUCAAGAUAAAUGAAGACACAGAAUCAAGUUUGACGACAACGCGAAUGAGGCUGCUGAAAAAUACGUGCGAAAAUGUUCUGAAGGCUCUUGGAUACGCGGUAGAAGAGAACGCGGAGCGUAAGUUGUUUUUGACGACCAAGUCACAAGGAAAAAUUGAAAAUGGGUUUGACAGGUGUCUGUGUGGAGUCGUCAAGAAUCCUGUCAGUAAUGCAAAAGAAACUGGGCUGAGUUACUCUCAGUAUUUGGAGCAGAAGAUGAAGCUUGUUAGAGAAGCCAACGAUUCUCGGCCGGUUGAUGAAAUCGAGGACCAGCAGUUGGAGAUGAUUGCACAAGCUGUCAUCACUUUUGAGUUCAUGAGUGUCAAACCUAGUCAUCCUUGUUUCAUCAAAGUCGAUUCGGAUGCUGAUAAAGCUGGCACUUGCAACCGAGGAGGGACUUUUGUUUUGUAUAACUUGGCAAGGAUCACUAAAAUUCUAGACAAGUUUCAGUAUGAAAUUGACUCUGGGAAGUAUCCAGAGUUGUGGGAUAUUGAUAAAGUUGAUUUGCAUUUAUUGGAUUCAGAGGAAGAGUGGAAUCUUAUUUAUAAUUAUAUUUAUGAUUAUCCAUUUAUAUUAAAACGGAUAAUAGAAAUAGAAGCUAAUGGUCACUGUAAAAUACAUCCACAACUUCUCAGCGCGUUUUUAUUAAACCUCUGCCAAAAAUUCAGCAACUAUUACCGAAGAUGUAGAAUAUUGACGGAUGGACGUUCACAGUUGCUACAAGAAAUGAUGAGACGCAUCUAUUUAUUAAAAGCCCUCCAAAUAGUUUUCACUAACGCUUUAGAAAUUCUAAGCAUAACUCCAAUUUCCAGAAUGUAA